GUUCAUUUUUUCAUUCACAAACCCUGACCUACGGGACUUGGCGUAGCGAAUUCUCAGAAAAAUUGUACGAUAUGAUUGGCUGAACUAAAACGGAACUCUGCGUGGCGACCAUUCUCAGCUUUGUAUUUCCAGGAAAGUUCAUUGUGAAUCGCAUUUAAAGAGCUUCGCCCGAUCCCGCAAAUCAAUCAUUCAUUUUUAAAUGACAACCGGUGUUUGACAAUCAGUUGACGUAGUUUACUGAGUUCACGACCGAUUUAAAUCAGGCCGAGCAUAAUUUGGGCUCUUGAACGUCAAAAGUUUCAUUUCGCUGAUCGUUUUAAUUAUAAUGAAUAAAACGCAUGGUGCGAUGGCAUCUCUAUUAAAAAUUGACGGUAGUCUAGGAGAGGGUGUAAGGAGGUCAAGUUCUGAGGAUAGCAUUGAGUCUAAGUGCUCUGUACAGAAUACCGGUGGAAAUAAUCAAUAUUCGAGCUGGCCGUCCUAAGCCUGGACUUUCGGCACAACAUCUAAAAGGAGUGGAGCUAGUGAAACAGAUGUGUAAUGCGCGAGUGACUGGGACAUACAUUGGCUCAACUCGAUUGGAAUUCUGGCCCGAGUCUCUUCACAAUUGCAGAAGAGAAUUGUAUGCCGACAUCCAUACUGCAGGCUGCAUUACUCUGUUAGCUCAAGUGGCCCUUCCAUGUGCCUUGUUUGUUCCUGGAUCGACUCCUAUUACAUUGAUCCUAAAAGGUGGGACCAAUGUUCCCAUGGGUCCAUCCAUAGAAUAUCUCACCGAGGUCUUCCGUCCAUUGCUCAACAAAUUUGGAGCUGAUUUCGAUUUCACAGUAGUCAAAAGGGGAUACUUCCCAAAGGGUGGUGGAGAAGUUCACCUGAGAAUACAGCCUGUGGAAAAAUUGAAUGCUGUGAUGCUGUUGGAACCUGGUCAGCCAGUCAGUAUUUCUGGGUGGGCUUAUGUUGCUGGAACUGUUAAUAUUAACGAAGCAAACCGUAUGGCUUCUGAUGCUAAAAAAACAAUAACUGAAAAAUUAGACGACUCCAAAAUACCAGUUCCACCUAUUAACAUCGAAACUUACAGAGAAGAUAGGACUAUGGCAGUGGGAAACGGCUCCGGUAUUAAUAUAGUCUGUCGGACAAACACUGAGUGCAUAUUUGGAGGCUCUGGUCUCGGCCCUUCAACCCAAGCUCCAGCAGGUAUAACUGCUGCUAGUGAAAUUCUUGUUCCUGUUAGGGAAGGUGCUUGCGUUGAUGAGCAUACACAAGAUCAGAUGAUUAUUCUGAUGGCACUGGCCUCUGGAAGAUCUAAAGUUAGAACAGGAGCCAGAGAACUGACAUGCCAUACUCAAACGGCUAUUCAAGUUGCCGAAUUGAUGCUUGGUGACCGAGGACUUCGCUUUCAGUUCUCGAAAGAACAUAACAAGGAGGAAGAUUCUCCAUCGUGUACAUUGGAGUGUGUAGGACUUGGAUUGACUAAUGACGACUCAUCAAAUGCCUCUUAAUCGUUGAUCAUCGAUCAUUAAUUCAAAUCGUACACACAUUCACAAAUCUAUUUGGAUCAGGAUUUAGGCUAGUAGUCUAUAACAGACUUUGAAUGUAAAACUGUUGUAUUCAAAUAGCUACAGUUGAAGAGAUAAAGAAAAUAGGUAGCUGAUAAGUACAAUAGAAUAAUUUUUUAAAAUUGACGCGACUGGAUGAAGGCCGCCUAGUCAUUUUGCAUUUACCUAUUUUUACACGUUGAAUUAAAUAAACUCGAUAAUGAACGAAU